GGCCUCGUGCUCGGGAUCAGCUUGCCAGUCGCGCAUUGGAAUUGGGACUGGAAGCGCGUGCGUGAGCUCGCUCCGACUUGUGUGCCAGUCUUACAUAUAUCGAGAGAACAGAGCCAGAAUUUUUUUCGUCCAACUGACUUUUUUUUCGGGGACCGCAUUCGAAAUAAGACCAGCAGUCUCGCCACAACGACGAGCCCGAGUGUUAGAGACUUGCCAGAUAAAAUAUUUCGGGAGAAUAGACGAGAGUGAAUGAUCGAUCCACGCGAUCAUCAUCAGUGCCGCGAGUAGUUUUUUGCUCCGAGUUUGUCUAUCGCGUUGGUGUGUCUCUGGCGCGUUCGAGCCCCCUUUUUCGAGCAGAUCGAUAAAAGUCGCGCGAUUUUUUUUUCAUCUGCCCGUAUUUAUUUUUGUACAUCAAACUCGUGCCAACGAUACGACUCGGUUCAUCGCAUCCCGUUUCGGAUUUCGCACUUGAACUGUGACCCACAACCCCCCCGGACGCCGCGCUGGAGUUGGAUUAUUUUUCCUUCUUCUGGGUGAUUUACAACGGCCUCAAACUGACUCGCCGAAGGAUGAGAAUGGCUCCGGUCCUUAAUCCGGAUGAUCUCAUCAAGCCCGAGAUACGCGAUGCAUGCGCACCGUUGGUCCUCUCGGACGAGCAGCUCCGGAUGGUCAUGGAGAGGCUCACGGCCGAGAUGAUGAAGGGCCUCUGCAAGGAGACUCACGAGGACGCCAUCGUCAGAUGCUACACCACAUACAUGCAGGAUCUGCCCACUGGAAAUGAAACGGGAAAUUUCCUGGCAUUGGAUCUCGGCGGCACGAAUUUCCGGGUGCUGCUCAUCACCCUCGAGAAGAAGGCCUUCGACAUGAAGAGCAAGAUCUACGCGAUACCACAGAGCCUGAUGUUGGGCACCGGCCGCCAGCUGUUCGAUCACAUAGCCCAGUGCUUGGCGCUCUUCGUCAAGGACCUCAAGCUCGAGAACCAGUGUCUGCCGCUGGGCUUCACCUUCAGCUUUCCGCUCACCCAACAGGGCCUGACCAAGGGCCUCCUGGUCAGGUGGACCAAGGGCUUCAAUUGCAGCGGCGUAGUCGGCGAGGACGUCGUCGGCCUGCUCGAGGAAGCCAUCGCCAGGAGAAACGACAUAAAAAUUGACGUGUGCGCAAUAUUGAACGACACAACUGGCACGCUCAUGUCCUGCGCCUGGAAAAACAAGAAUUGCCGCAUCGGUCUGAUCGUCGGCACCGGCAGCAAUGCCUGCUACGUCGAGAAGACGGGCAACGCCGAGUGCGCGCUCGAAGGCCGCUUCCACCCGGAGAAGCCGAGCAUGCUGAUCAACACAGAGUGGGGCGCGUUCGGCGAGCGCGGCACCCUCGACUUCGUGCGCACCGAGUUCGAUCGCGACAUCGACGACAACUCCAUCAAUCCCAACAAGCAGAUAUUCGAGAAAAUGAUAUCGGGCAUGUACAUGGGCGAACUUGCCAGGCUGGUACUGGAGAAGCUCACCAAUGACGGACACCUCUUCGGUGGCAAACUGCCCGAGGAGCUGAGGAAGCGAGGCAGGUUCUUCACCAAAUACGUCUCGGAAAUCGAAUCUGACCUGAAGGGCAAAUACGCCAACUGCCGGGAAAUCCUGGCCGAGCUGGGCAUGAUGAACGUCUCGGAUCAAGACUGCGAAAACGUCCGAUACGUGUGCUCGGUCGUAUCGAGGCGUGCGGCCCAUCUCGCCUCGGCCGGCAUCGCCACGCUGCUCACAAAAAUGGCCGAGAACAACACGACGGUCGGCGUCGACGGCUCCGUGUACAGAUUCCAUCCUCACUUCCACGAUCUCAUGGUCGAGAAAAUCAGCAAACUCCAGCCAUACAAGUUCGACCUUAUGCUCUCGGAAGACGGCAGUGGACGUGGCGCAGCGCUAGUAGCCGCGGUUGCAUCGCAAAAGCGGUGAACAUAAGCGGCAGCGCCGCUUGAGUAAAUUAUUUUACUUAAGUUUAACAGAAAGAUUUUAGACUAUACGUAUAAAUUAUUAUACAUAAAUUUUAAAGAAAAAAUGAAGAAAAAUUUAUCGAUGAAUUGAGAACACUUCUGUACAUAGAGCACAAAAUUGUAAGCAAAACGUAGCCUAGACUUAAAUGAAAUUCAAGAUAAAAAGCUGAUUAAUAACAACAGCAAAAUUAUUGAUAAUAUUACUUAUAUUAUUAUUAUGAUUAUUAUAAAAAAUAUUAUUUAGUCGUUAAUACGUUUCACGACGACUAGAGUGUGUGCAAUGUCGCUUAUCUCUCGCUUUUUUUUUGAGCUGCAACACUGCGAUGAUCCAAGGUCAUCCGGCAAUCAAUAGAAUAUAAUAUGGUCAAGAUAAAUUUUAAUGAGAAAUUAAUACUUUCGACGCGGAAAACUAGCGUACAGCAUCGAGACAAAUAUCAAAUGCAGUGAUUCGUUUGAAAAACGACAGGUGUAUUUAAACUCUAUGUAAACGCUUGCAAUCCAAUCAUCAUCUUUCCAAGGUCACCUGGUAAAUUAUAAAUAUAUACGUAUAUCGCUUUGUUAUAUUUAUAAUUCAGUACACAAAAAAAUUGUCUUUGCGACGCGAAAAUCGUCGUGUACGAAUCAUCAUUGUUUCUUCGUGUUUGUAUUAACAAUAUAAUAAGCUUUAUUGACUUCUAUGGAGAGACGAAAAUUUGUUUAAUUUUUGUACAGAGAAAGAGAGCGAGAGAAUAAAAUGAAAUGAUAUAUUUUUGCUUAUCUCUAUACGUUGUCGAGUUCGAGAGCUAUUUUCGAAAUUGACUUUUAUACAUAACAUUGAGAAGAAAUAUAUUUUUAAGAUACUGAUAAAACGGCCAAUAUUUCAACUAAAAAAAGUGUAUUAACGGCCGGAUCUGAAUAACGAUGUAUGAAAAAAAAACAAGCGAAAAGAUGUCUUUAGAACUACUGUAAAUAUGUAUCUGUAAAUGUUAAUAUAUAAAAUUACGGAAAAUCGUUUGUUAAUUUUCAAUUGAAUUUAUCGGUCGAACGAAUUGAGACGUAUGAAACGUAAAGUAUGUAACAUAGAAAUUUGGUAGUGCGUAUAUCAUUUCAACUGCCACCGUGAGAUAAUCGAACUUAUAGUUUGUUAUCAGUAAAUGAGGAUGAAUUGAAAAUUACCAUUCUGACGAUAUAUGUAUGAAAAACUAAAGAUUUUAUUGUUGUUGGUUACACAUACAAGCACGCGAAAAAAAUUCUAUUACAUAACUGUCACGUCGGUUGAGUGAAAAUUAUUUUUCCUAGCAAUGAAUUGUGUAUGCUCUCAUUCGAUAUAGUUCCCGAAAAAUUGUCUGAUCAAAAUAGCAGAUAAAUGUUUGAGAAAAAAAUUGAAUGGUGAUUUCGAAUCGGACACACUAUGUGUGUAGGGGUGCUAUGUAUAAAAAGAUAAAUUAUAUAUAUAAAUUAUUGUGCAAUCGUGGCAAAACUAUGUUUACGAAGCUUUCAAACGAUAGUAUAAACAUCUUACAAAUAUCCUCCUAGUUUUCAAGAAUUGUAACGAUAUUUAAAAAAAAACUACUUAUAUUAUAUAUAUAAACAAAGUACGAAUACGUAUGGUCCAUCACCAUCAAUUUUUUUACAUUCAUGAAUAAAUGUUGUUGAUUAUGUACACGUUGAAAAUUGCAAAAUAAAAAAAAAACAAAACUACCGAA